AAGUUAAUGACAUUACUCAAGACUAUGAUUAUGGUGGUGCAAACAUCGAUAUAUGCCACAAAGAGGAGAAUAUCAGGAUGAUGAACGCCCGGUUUCUGUUAGAAACUAAAGAAAUGCAUAAACUAUCUCAAAAAGCAGUAAAUACUAUCGUCAGAAAUACUACUUCCAUCGUCCAAAAUUCCCUUGAAUUAGUGAAAUGUCGUCUGUUAUCAUUGCUUGAAAAUGACGACAUGCCAGACGUCUGCGAAUUGCUGGAAAAUGUAUUCAUGGAGGAAAAUGUCGUGACCAAUCCUUUCCUGGGAAUGGAAAGCAAAUGGCAACAAGAUAACUUUUUUAGAGAUGUUAUGGGAGUGGUUGAACCAAAACAAAGGGUCUUGGGAAUCACCCAUGUUCAGAAAAGAAUUGGUGUUGGAAGAAGAACAGUCCCAAAACAAGAUGAAGUCAUCGAAAUUCCUCUUCUUAAGAGCCUUGAGCAAAUGCUGCAAGAUCCAGCCAUAUUAGAUCAGGACUUGUUUACUACACAUUGGGUAACAUUUUACCACGAUAUCGGUCGCAGCUGAAAGCAAUACAACUGAUUUCAAUUGCAAGGAGACCUAUAUUUACUGAUUUAAAAGAUGCAGUGUGUAUGUUCAUAAUAAAUAUCAUCACAUUGUGAAAUAUUGCCUAUCAAAAAUUUUUUGAGAACUAAAAUAUCAUAUCUUUGUCAUAAUAUGUGAUUUAGUUUGUUCAAAAGCAAUUAAAACUGCUAAAAUGCAAAAAA